AUGUCAGAUAGGGUAGCCGAUAAGUUAGGCUGCACCAAAGCACAGGGGGAAGCUGCGCUCAAUGCGGUUUUGAGAAGCGUUCAGGAUGAAUUAUCCAAAGGGAAUAGAGUCGUGCUCACCGGCUUCGGCACCUUUGAGUUGCGAGAUGUUAAGGCACGCAAGGUGAGGCCAAUUAGGGGCAGUAAGGCGGGGGAUCUCAUCGAAGUCCCUGCACACAAACGAGUUGGCUUCUCUGCGGGAGCUGAGCUGAGCAAGGCCGCUCAAAGCUGA